UGUCUCCUUGAAGCCACACGGGGCUUCAGCAAAACGCGUCGCCUCGUAGUUUAACACCAGCAGCCGCUGCAUCCUCACCGGGAGACACAAAGGCUUGUUGUGUAACUAAUUGAGGGCUUUAUUGUUGCGGCGGGCAAAUGCGCAUUAAGGGUUACGGUUUGUGUGGUUACGUUCAUUAAGGCAUUCCUGCGCGGAUUGGGGCGACAGAGAGACAGCGGCUUUACAUAAUAAACUGCAUACUUUUCACGUGAAAUGCCCCUUUAAAAGCGGGCUCCACGGCCACACUGAGGCACAUCGUAAACGAGCGGACCCGAGAGGAGUGAAAAGUCCGACAGCUGCACUUUUGCCGUGUCAAAUCGGUGUCAGCAUGGUGUCGUCGUACCCGUUACCGGAGGGCUUCUCCGAGUUCGAUGUGUUUUCCCUGGGAUCGUGUCUGCUGGUGGAGGGUCUGCUGGGCUUCUUCCUAAACGCGGUGACAAUCGUUUCUUUCCUCAAAGUGAGAGAGCUCAGGACUCCCAGCAAUUUCCUAGUGUUCAGUUUAGCGAUGGCUGAUACUGGCAUCUGCAUGAACGCCACGGUCGCCGCUUUCUCCAGCUUCCUGAGGUACUGGCCUUACGGCUCUGACGGAUGCCAGACUCAUGGUUUCCAGGGUUUCAUGACAGCUCUCGCCAGCAUCCACUUCAUCGCCGCCAUCGCCUGGGACAGAUAUCAUCAGUACUGCACCCGGACAAAGCUGCAGUGGAGCAGCGCUAUCACUCUGGCUGUGUUUGUCUGGCUUUUCACUGCCUUCUGGGCUGCCAUGCCCCUCAUCGGCUGGGGAGAGUACGACUACGAGCCCCUCAGGACUUGCUGCACUCUGGACUACAGCAAGGGAGACAGAAACUAUGUGUCCUACUUGAUCCCAAUGUCCAUCUUCAACAUGGCCAUCCAGGUGUUUGUCGUCAUGUCCUCCUACCAGGCCAUUGCACAGAAAUUCAAGAAGACCGGAAACCCCAGGUUCAAUCCCAACACUCCUCUUAAGACUAUGCUGUUCUGCUGGGGCCCCUAUGGCAUCCUGGCUUUCUACGCCGCUAUGGAAAAUGCUAACCUGGUCUCACCUAAGAUCAGGAUGAUCGCUCCAAUCCUGGCCAAGACUUCUCCCACCUUCAACGUGUUCUUGUACGCUUUGGGAAAUGAGAACUACAGAGGAGGCAUUUGGCAGUUCCUCACCGGGGAAAAGAUUGAUGUGCCUCAAAUUGAGAAUAAGUCCAAAUAAACUAAGCAUGCAAUAACUACACACCAUUCACUGUCCUGGUGGUUUCUCACAGGUAGCUAGAUGUUGGUGUCUGUGAGUGUCUGUGCAAGUGUUGUGUUGAGCAGUGAUUGCUGUUGCUCCUUGUAUACAUCUGUCCUCGAUUGCCUCUCAUUGUUUCCACAGGUAUAGUAGAUAAAGGAUUGGCACACAACGUCUUUCAUACUGCUGAAAAUUUAACAAUAUUACAUCAGUAUAACAACACAUAUAACAGGUCCAAACAGACUACUGAGAGCAGCAUUAUUUCACUGUAUCAUGUAGGAAAUACAGCAAAACUUAAAACAUGGCUACUUCUGUAAACAACAUCUGAUUUCUUAGUUUUAAUACAAUUUCUUUCAUUACAUAGGGGAUGAAAAUGUAAGAAUUGUUACUGUAAACAGAUGUUAUUAUAGUCCCGAAUGUCCCAUUAGGUGAAAAAAAAAAAAAAAAGUAAUCCUUAAAAGCAAGUAAUUUAGGAAGCCUAUAAUCAUAUUAUGCACCUUAUAGCACAUUCUGGCACUUGGUAUUUUGAGGAACAAUUGAAAGAACAUCAAACAUUCAUGUAGCACAACCUCUAUGAUAGUUGAAGCAUUGUAUGAAUAAAUAGUCCUCUAGCCAACACCUAUUGCCAGCAGCUUUGCAAAGUACUUUUACCCUCAGUGGUUGCUUGUCUUUACCCUCUGCUUGAUAAAGGAAGGCCCUAAAACAUUUAGAUUCAACAAAUAGGUAUUGACAUUAACAGUUUGCAAUAACUCUGAUUGCAAAGAACAAUCACAACUGCAUUCUUCAUUGAUUCAUUCCCCUGUUGAUAAAAUACAAAAGCAUGUACAAGCCACUGAUAUCUCACCAUGCUCUGUGAGGCUGUGAGCGAUCACUGUAUCCAGGGUAGAACUGCAUUAAUCCUCGAAACAACAAGACCAUUCUUCAAUACACAGCCCCCACGACAAGUUAGAGAUUAGUCAGUGGCUGUAGAUUAACUGGACGUGCUUCUCGCCUCCAGAUCCGCAAAUGAAAAACAGACAAGUCUUCGUGACGAUAAAACAUCAUUCAAAUAAGAGAAUUACUGCUGUUUGCUUGAUAGAUAUGAAAUGGACUUGAAGUUUAAUUAGCUGUGGCUGUUCCUCAACGUUAGUAAAUCCCUUCUAUGACUGAGACACAAUUUAAUUAGAGGUUUGCAUAUCAUGAAAUAACGCUUCUUCACAUAUGAUUUUGCCUGACAAACCUGACCUUAUUAAGAGAGGAAUACCUUUGACAUUUCUUUAAAUUGUAUUGUCUAGCUGUUGAACAAUACACACGAACAUAAUGGUUAUUAUAUAAUCACAGUCAUUUCAGUAGGUUUCAAAAACCAAUUAAUCAACACUUUUGGUAUCAUUUUCUUGUAGGAUUUAAUUUAGAAUAAGAAAUGUUUUCAACAAACAACCUACGAAAUCAGACUUCUGGUGAGAGAAAAGGAAGACAGACACUUUUUAGACGCACGGGAUGUUUCAACAGAUUGCAUGUCUAGUUUAUGUUGCAUACAUGUAGUUCAUGGCAUAAUCCUCAGCAGCACAAACGGGACCAUUCACACAUGAUUUUCACAUGUAAAUGGAUGAAUAGUUUCAGUGUAAGUUCUUUAAAAUCCUUAUGUAGUAGACAGUGGUAAACAUCUGGACGUGUGAUGUUCAAGACAGUGAUCGCUUUCUGUAAAAUCUGAUUAUAUAUAUUCAUGAGAUCUUUGUAUUGUUAUUGCUCUUUAUGCCGAUUUUGUGUCAGUUGAUUUAAUGUUUAUGAUUUACUGAAAGUAAUCCUCUAUAGACCGCUCCAAAGAAACAACACCGUGCAGAGAUCCUGCAAUUAUUGAAGCAUUAAUAAAGGAUUACAAUUGUCUGAA